AAUGUGGCGACAUUUUUACGGCAGUACGUGACUUCAUCUCAGCCGUUAAACAGUCCACGACUUGGAUCCAAUCAUCAACCCUUAAAUCCACGGUGGACACCACAUCGGCGCUCUCUCCUCCCUCUCUCUGCUAAUCAUCGGGACAACGGCACAGGAGACACGUCUCUUUAAUUGCAAAACUAUUCGAAUUCUUGUUCCAGCCGUGGUGUAGCUGAGUUGACUCACUGGUCGUAUUCACCGGGUUUCGGCUCUUGUCUAUUAGUGAAUGAUUUGAAGUGAAUACGAGCAAAACUAGAAGUAGGUUCAGUUUGAAUCAUGAGUGGCAGUGAUGUGGAUAAAACUCCCAAAGAAGGGAAAGAACUAAAGGAGCCAAAAACCCCUUCUUCUCAGGAACAGACUUCCUCUGCAUCUGGUGCAGUUCCUGCCGAUUGGUCUGGGUUUCAGACAUAUUCUCCUAUACCUCCACAUGGGUUCUUAGCAUCGAGUCCGCAGGCGCACCCCUACAUGUGGGGAGUUCAGCAAUUCAUUCCACCGUAUGGCACUCCACCACAUCCAUACGUCGCCAUGUAUCCCCAUGGGGGCAUAUAUGCCCAUCCGACUAUGGCUCCGGGAUCUUAUCCUUUUAGUCCUUUUGCUAUACCUUCUCCUAAUGGUAUUGCUGAAGCCUCAUGCAAUGUUCCAGGAAACAUGGAGGUAGAUGGAAAGUCAUCUGAGGGAAAGGGAAAACUGCCCAUCAAAAGAUCAAAGGGAAGUUUGGGCAGUUUAAAUAUGAUCACAGGGAAGAACGACGAACCUGGAAAAACAUCAGGUGCCACAGAAAAUGGUGCGCACCCUAAAAGUGCUGGAACUGCAAGUGAAGGUUCUAGUGAAGGAAGUGACGAAAAUUCUCAAAAUGAAUCUCAAGAAAAGUCUAGUGGCAGGCCAGAUUCUGCUGAACCACCUCAAAGUAGGGGUGCAUCUAAUAAUUCUCAAAAUGGUGCAUCUCAUGCAAUGCCAAAUCAAGCUAUGGCUAUGGUGUCGAUUCCAGCACCGGCAGUGGGUGCUGUUAGUGGUGUUCCAGGUCCCACUACCAACUUAAAUAUUGGAAUGGAUUACUGGGGUGGUGCACAAUCAUGUGCUAUGCCUGGAAUGCGAGGAAAGGUCCCAGCUGCUCCAGUAGCUGGAGGAAUUCCCGCCACAACCUCAAGAGAUAACGUGCAGUCACAACUAUGGAUUCAGGAUGAAAGGGAGCUUAAAAGACAGAGAAGAAAGCAGUCAAACAGGGAAUCUGCUCGUAGAUCCAGAUUGCGCAAGCAGGCGGAAUGCGAUGAACUGGCCCAGCGUGCUGAAAAAUUAAAAGAGGAAAAUGCAGCUCUUAGGGCUAAAAUGGCACGUAUGGAGAGCGAGUAUGAGCAACUUGUUGCUCAGAAUGCAUCUUUAAAGGAGAGACUUGGCGAAGUUAGUGGCGAGGAUGAUCCUAGGUGCAGUAGGGACGAGCAACGGGCUAGCAACAACGAUGCUCAGUAAUAUCUGGCCUGUGUUAGCUUGAUCUAACUUUCCAUGACAGGGAAGCUGAUAUUUAUGUAGUAUGUAGCUAAUAUUCGCCAAUGCUGACCGUCUUAGUUUCGACGCCAUCUGAAGUUCCCGUUGUGACCAGUGUUUUAUGGCCAGGGAAGACAGGUGGUGCACAUAGAGCAGAGCUCUCUUAUAUAUGCAUGCUUUACCCCCCAAUUCUGUCAAAAGGGGUAUUCUUAUUAAUUUGUAUGUUCCUCACAAUGGUUGGAUGGGAAAAAAGUAAUUUGGAGAGAAUAAUCUUCCUAGUGUUGCAUAUGGAUCAUUCUUUUCAUAUUCUUUUCUUACAUUAUUGUAAACAUUCUCACCUUUAGCUUAUAACAAUACUAUCAUUUGCAUA